AUGGACGAGAUGGACGAGGCGGAUGAGAUGGAAGAGCGCGGGACGGCGAGGAGGUACAACGACACUCCCCGCCAAGAGACCGACAUUUCCAUCAAACUCCCCCAGCUCGCACCCUCUCGACAUCCUUUGAUACACCAAUUCAGAUCAGGCCUGAAUACCAUCACAGUUUCUGCCCCAGCAUACGGAGUACUGCCUUUGUACUACUCCCUACUAAGCUUGAUUGCCCAAAAUCGGAAUGCCGGAUCAGUUUUCGUACCAAUACCCCUCGCCACUCGAGGGGUACGACAAUCUCCCGCCGCUCUCCAACCGUCGAAAGGAGUAAGGGCCUAUGACACAUUCCAAGCCCCGUUGGACGACCGGGACGACGUGGUGGGUUUCGAUGUCCAUAUAUACCACUACCAGAAUAAUCCCGAACAAGUCGAAUUUGCAAAGGCCCUCUGGGAACGUAUCAGACGCGAAUUUCCCGAACUUCGUAUCUAUGACUUUUUCGAUCGGCCACUUGGCCCACACCCAGUUGCGAUGUUUGAAGUGAACAUCUUCACUCCUUCGCAAUUUGGCGCUUUCAUUCCCUGGCUGGUGAUUAACCGUGGGCCACUCAGCGUCCUCAUCCAUCCCAACACGAUAGACGAGGAGGAGGAGAGGAACCACACGCAGCGGGCAACAUGGAUGGGCGAGAGGAUUCCGCUUGAUCUGCGAGUUUUCAAGCUGAUGAGACAUGAGUAA